AUGGUUUACCUGGUAUCCCAGGUUUACAAGGGCCUCCUGGCCCCUCAGGGGCUCCAGGCUGCAAUGGAACAGAUGGGGACGACGGACUUCCUGGUGUACCCGGGGCAAAUGGCUUUGAUGGAAAUCCAGGAGUGUUUACUGUUUAUAGUUUGUUUCAGCUUUGUCUUUACUUUACAGGGUACACCUGGUCUGCAUGGACCUAAGGGUGAAUCUUGGGGAUCAGUGAACGCAACACCAGGUCCACCUGGGCCUCCUGGAAGGGACGGAGACUCGGGAAGUCCAGGAUACCCUGGGGAUAAUGGACAAAGAGGGGACCGUGGACCUUUGGGCUCUGUGGGGACUCCUGGUCUUGAUGGGGCUCCAGGAUCUAAGGGUCAAGAAGGCAUAGGGGGUUCAGGACCUCGAGGAACAAAGGGGAGACGAGGACCAAAUGGCCCACCGGGGCCGCCGGGUCGGAUCAAGGUUUUUCUCACAGAGACUCAGGUGUUGAAGGGUGAGAAAGGAGACGGGGGAGAUGUAGGAGAAAAGGGCUGCAAGGGUGCGCCAGGAGACCCUAGUAACGGUUAUAACACCAAAGGAGAAAAGGGAGACCAAGGACAGCCGGGUCCAGAAGGAAAGACAGGGAAGGACGGUGAACCAGGACAAACAUAUGUGGGAAGGCCUGGACCCAGGGGGGAUCUGGGAAAUCCAGGGACAGCAGGAGCGAUGGGUGGAAAGGGAGAUAGGGGGUCCCAGGGUCCCCCUGGCCAACCUGGACAUAUAUUUGGGCCUGUGACUGAGCCACUCAAAGGAUACCACGGAGAUCCUGGUUUCCAAGGCUCUCCUGGGACACCUGGGCGUCCAGGUAUUGAAGGGUUUCCUGGAGCUGAUGGUCCUCCAGGCCAUUCAUCUGGGAUAUCUGUGCCAGGCCCACAUGGUCCUAAUGGCUUUCUGGGCCACAAAGGGGACCCUGGGGAGCCUGGGAAUAUUUAUCCAAGACUUUCAGGUAUAGAUGGGGAUGAUGGUGAUCAGGGGCCUCCUGGGGAUCCGGGCCCACCCGGACCGCCUGAAGACAGAACUAACAGGAUUACCAACGCUCCCCCAGGAAUGAAAGGGGUGAUGGGUAGACCUGGACAUAUGGGACAUGAUGGGACAUAUGGAAUGAAAGGUGGGAAAUGA